AUGAAUCCCUGUCAACCUCCAAGUGCGACCAACUGUGCCAUGACACCUUGCACAGUUCAAACCUCAACCUUCUACCCUCCAAUUCGCAUGUGGGACAUGCAAGACAUGUCCCUCCAGCCUUUAUGUAUCGGUAUAUGCUUUUCAGGUGCUCUUCCAAGGCACCUUAUAUCUGUUUCCAUUGUAGAAGAGUAUAGAUCAUUCACGACGCCAGUUUUGGAAGCUCUUUCUAUGGAUGGAUACCCUCACUCUGGGUGUUCCAUAUCUUUUGACGAUGUCUCCGACGUUUUGAGCAAAAGUGGAAAGGCACUUCCCUGCAACAACGUUGAUAUACCUAUACCAUUCCUUCCAUUGCCGCACAAUUUCAAUCCCAUGGAUUCGUAUCAUUGGUCACAGCUGUCGGAGCAGAUCUGGCUCUGGUUGGUUACUAUACCGGAGGAUUCACAAUAUUGGACAUGGGGCCGCGACACAUUCUGGUUGGCGUUUGUUGGCGCUUGCCCAGAUUUUCCAAACGGCAGGUGGCCGAGGUGGGACGCAAGGAUUCCCCUUGAGGGCCAGUUCAUAGAGCACUGGCUCAAGGGUGGACCUCUGAUAUACCUGUAUGACCUGACUGGUCUGAUUUCAGACCUAUCAUAA